AUGAGAUGCACAUAUGACCCCCGGGCCAGGCGUUUCUACCUCUCCACCUACUGGACUGUGAGUCGUGGUGGGGGUGCACUAGAGCGUGCGGUGCUGUGCGGUGCUGCUGGGUGCUGCUGGGUGCUGAAUGAAGCCAGCACAUCAGCGUUUAGCGACAGCAUCGGCGACAUGACAUGCACGUAUGACCGCCAGGCAAAGCGCUUCUACCUCUCCACCUUCUGGACUUCCGGGGGUGCCAACAACACGUAUGACAAGUUUGGGCAGACGAGGAGGCGAGGCAACGUGACAGUGGGCUCAGGGCUGAUAGUGGCAGCGACAACCACGGAUGACCCCACAAAGGAGUGGAACCUCUUCUUCAUCCCCGGCUCGUAUGCUCGCCCCCCUUUCGCUCACGCCAUUUCUCAUACUUCCAUCUUCUCCUUCCCCGUGUUUCCUCCCUCUCCCCCACCAUUCCCUCCCAGCAACGAUGGCAUCAACUCCAAUCCGGACUGGAGGGCGCCUCUGCACUUCAACUCGUCUCGACUCACCAUGUUUUGUAUGCUGGGUCCUGUCGCUCGCGUGUGA